GCUGGCUGUGGUGCUGAAGCGGCGCAUGCCGGGGGCUCGAGCGCAGACACACAGUCGAAGGCAUCCUCUCGCGCGAUGGUCAAAAAUACAUAGAAGAAGAGGGCUUGUAAUUCAGGAAUCCAAGCCAAUUAUUUGUGAUUUUUAUAGAAAAUACAAUUUACGGUAGUCUGAAUUUGUGUAAGCUGUUUUGAUAGCUUAUUUGCGCGGUGCGUGCUAGGUUUUUAGACAACCCUCUCCUUAUAUUCUCUCGCUCUCAUCUUUAUUGUUGUUGCCUGCCUGUCUCGCGCAUUCUUUAUGCACAGCACGCCGCUCCAGUCCUCUACGUGUAAAUAGACCUUCGUAGGAACAGCAUGGCCCGGUCCAGUCGCGCCCACUGAGAGAGAUGGAAGCAAAACAGCACUCCAUAAAGAGCCUGAAGAGCUACCCAGAGGCGGGGGGCCGGAGCCUGGCGGCGGCCGCGGGAGACGUCGGCGUUGGAGGUGGUGGAGGAGGGUGUCUUGCCGGCUCCGCACAGAUGGAGAUGGAGGCAAACAUACAAAAAGCCAUUGACUUCAAGGUGGAGGGCCACCGCUGCUACAAGGAGAAGAAAUUCCGGGAAGCGAUAGGGAAGUACCACCGGGCUCUGCUGCAGCUGAAAGGGGUGCAUUUAGUGGAUGGAAACACGGACUCCGAGGUCAACCUCCUGAGCCAAGCCGCCGUCAAGCUGACGGAAGAGCAGCGGAGAACCGUGGAGAUCACGGAGAUCGAGUGCUACGACAGCCUGACAGCUUGCCUGUUGCAGUCAGAGCUGGUGAACUACGAGCGUGUGAAGGAGUACUGCCUGAAGGUGCUGGGCCACCAGAGGGACCACUUCAAGGCCAUGUACCGCGCCGGCAUCGCCUGCUACCACCUGGGCGACUACGAAUGUGCCCUGCGCUACCUGCGUGACGCCAAGAACCGCGAGCCCUCAGACACAAACGUGCUGCGGUACAUCCAGUUGACGGAAAUGAAGAUGAGUAGGGAGGGUCAGCGGGAGCGAGAGAGCGGCAAAGAGGCCCUUGGCUAACCUUUGACCUUUUGGCCUCUCUGUCACUAUGGCCUGCGCUAUGACCCAUCCUACGUCACCUCUCCUCUCUGACCUCCUCUCCUCCUUUAUGGAGCCCAGUCCCAUUGAUGACUGGCCCGAGCGAUGCGCUACAACCAUGUAAAAGAACAGGGCAGAAAAAGCCCUGUCUCUCCCCCUCUCUUCUCCUCCUUGUCUCUCUUCUUUCCCCAGGCGCUGUUGUUCUGUAGUAGAGAUGCAGACUGUCAAGCCAACAAAGAAAAAACGAAGCAAAGGGAAAUACUGUACUAUACUCAUACAAAACAGUCAUGGUUGUCCGAAUGAAAAAACUGCUUCAAAAAAUAUAUGAUCGAAGAACAUUGCGUAAUUUAGUAAAGGUGUAAAAAUGUUAUUUAUUCUUUCGAUGUGAGGACUGAGGAGAGGUCCAGGGUUGGGAAAGGGACCAGGGGAGGACAGGGGAAGGAGUUUAGGAGAAAGCAAGUGGCGUACACAUAUCAAGACCUUAGGCCAAUUCAACUGUACACCCUGACUCUGCCCUGUCACAAUGGAUGGAGGUCUGAAAGUCACUGACCCAGACUUGUCCCUGAGAGAGAUUGUCCCCCCCAGUACAGUACAGAUCAGGCUAGCUAGCAGGCUACAUCGCUGUCUUUUUAAUACAGAAUAGUCUUCAGACAAGCCCGGCCUUUGCGCUCAUGUUCAAUCAGUCUUCUUUUUCGUUUUCAGCUUGUACUAUCUUGUCACUAUUUCUGGACGGUUUUUAAAUUCAAGGGCUAGUUCAAGUGUUUGUAAUUUGUCCUUUGAUCAUUUUCUUUUGCCUUCUGUUGAUAUUCAUUGUACUUACGACUAUCAGUUGUUAUGAAGCAAAAUGUGUGCCCUUUCUCUUUCUAAGGAACAAAACACACUAACUCCCAACGGACUCGCUGUUCCGCUGUGUAGCAGGUGUGUUUUUGUGAACCGGUGUCUUGAAUCUGUUGUCCAAUCCCCCCUGGAAUGUGCUGUGUUGUCAGACUGUUACCCCCCCCCCUCUCCGCUUUCUAGCUAAUGAUGUCACAAUGGAAAAUAGCCAGUGGAAUUGAGGUUCCAUCAAGCAACCUUGGCAGCACAGAGUUCUCCUCUGAUUUCUACUCUUGAGAUCUACUUCCAGGCCCUUUAUCACUCAUGCUGAAUCUUCCCAGGCGUCAGUGACAUCACAAGACACUCUUGGCAGUGUUCGUGCAGGGAAUCCGAUCGCACAUGCCGUAUCCGUCUGAAGUGUGUCAGCCAUCUCAAUCCAGUCAAUUAAAAACAUCAACACGAGUGUGCCAUUUGAGAUUCCGAAUUGAAUUGUGAUAUAUUUUGGUAGAUGUCAGUGUUGCGACAAACCCCAAAAAUCUGUUCAGAAAAUAAAUUAUUACAUAAAUCGCUGUCUAUAGGCAGAUUACACAACAGUAGUGAUCGACCAAGACAAGGGAGGAUUGUGAUUGGGGCAAGGCCAGAUAAUGACAUAUUACACAUACAGACCAUCAUGCCACUGCAUACUUUCUAAAUACCAAUCCCAGUGAUGCUGAUAAAGCCUGAAGGGUUUCUAGGAUUUAGAGAAAUACUUAGAUGUACCUGCCCUGUUCUAAGGAGAGGUUUGAGUUGACCUUAAUUCCACCCUCUAAUACCGUGUAACCCAGUUUCCUUCACCCUAUGUGCAAGCCCCUGCAUGGUAAUGUGUGGCUCAGAGGGGAAGCCAGUUUGGAUGUCAGGGAUAAUGCUUCAUUGCUUUCUAUAACAUGGCAGGUUGCUCCCCCCAUUCCAAUGUAUCCCACUAAUACCCUCUAUGCUCCCUUCAAAUGUAGAAUGGGUUAAUGGAGUAGUCAGCGUUAUAGCCUGAAAAAGACCUCGGUAUCUUAUAUCUUGUGUAGGGUCAUUUUAUGAGACUUAUAUGCUCCCAUACAGAAAUAAAUUAGGGUCAGCAGCAGUGGUCUGCCUUGGCCAAGGUGAGAAGAAGAAUUCCAAAAGAACUUCAGAGGAGUGGAUAAUACAAUAUCAAAACGAUAACAGAUCUCAUCAUUUGCCUGUGGCCUAUAUGAGGGAAAUUGGGACCAAAGUGUAUCAGUAAGAGGAGGCUGUUGAGGGGAGGACGGUUCAUAAUGAUGUCCGGAACGGUGCGAAUGGAAGAGCAUUAAACACGUGGAAACCAUGAGUUUUUACGUAUUUGAUACCGUUCCACCUACUCUGCCCCAGCCAUUACCACGAGCCCGUCCUCCCCAAUUAAGGUGCCACCAACCUCCUGUGGUGUCAAUGGGACUCUGGAGAGGCAGCAGUGCGAUGCCUGGAGAAAACUUGUGUGAUCCAGAGACGCUCCACUGUAGAGGGAAAUGGGCCAGCAGCACCACUAACACAGCAGGAGUGCAAUGUCACUCUGAAACUGUGGAGAUGGGAUUAUGUUAAAGCAGCGUUGUGAAGAGGUUCGGGCGAGGUUAACACCUUGGUACAGAAACACGGUGUGGAAAAAGCUAGAGGCACCAAGAACUCUCUUUCUUUCUCGUACUUUCUAUUUCUCUCUCUCUCUCUCUUUAUCUCUCUCUCUGAUUCUCAUUCUCUCCACCCUUUCCCCGAUCUCCAAAAUCUCAAAAAUCUCUCUCCCUACCUCGAUCUCAAUUCAAUUUAAAUUCAAAUUGCUUUAUUGGCAUGACGUUUCAAUGUCCGCAUUGCCAAGCCUACUUUGCAAAUGGAUAUAUAUUUAACAAUAUUAACAUCAUUUAAAAAAUGUAAUAAUAAUAAUCGGGAUUGUCAAUGAAAUAUACACUGAGUAUACCAAACAUCGGCGCAUGGACUCUACAAGGUGUAGAAAGCGUUCCACAGGGAUGCUGGCCCAUGUUGACUCCAAUGCUUCCCACAGUUCCGUGUCAAGUUGGCUGGAUGUCCUUUGGGUGGUGGACCAUUUCUUGAUACACACUGGAAACUGUUGAGCCUGAAAAAUCCAGCGGUGUUGCAGUUCUUGACCCAAACUGGUGUUCCUGGACCUACUUCCAUACCCCGUUCAAAGGCACUUAAAUAUUUUGUCUUGCCCAUUCACCCUCUGCAUGGCACACAUACACAAUCCAUGUCUCAAUUCUCUCAAAGCUUAAAAAUCCUUCUUUAACCUGUCACCUCCCCUUCAUCUACACCGAUUGAAGUGGAUUUAACAAGUGACGUCAUAGCUUUCACCUGGAUUCACCUGGUUCCGUCUACGUCAUGGAAAGAGCAGGUGUUCUUAAUGUUUUGUAUACUCAGUGUAUAUCUGUCUCUUACUCUCUGAACCUCACCGCUGUGCAGUAGUGUUGUAUUGGUCCCUAUGGCUGGCUGAGCUGGGCCUACUCACACAUGGCCCUCUUGGGAAUAGCUUUUCUCCCCAUGGUCCUAUCUCCAAGGCAUCCGUCCACCAUCCUGUUGUUAUCCCAGUAUGCUGAGUCAUUAUCGCUCCAUGUCUACGGUUACUGUCUACACAUAAAAACAGGUCAGGGCUAAGUUCUUUCCACCCCUGCCCUAACAUGACCCAUUAUGAGAUAAACAAAGGAAUGACCCUGGACCAGUUAUUGUGGGCAUAAUGUUACAACGUGCUGUCUGUGCAAAUAUAGAUAGAGAGCGACAUUGUCUCUUUAGCAGUCUAGUUCUGAAAAGAUAUGGCAAAAGCACAAACUAAAGUGGGAAAGUAAAUACUGGCAGUUUUUCUUCUCUUUCCUUUGAUGUCAUUGAGGUACAUGUUUGUCAAAUGUCAAAGUCGUUUUUGUGGUUAUGAAACAAUUGUGAACAAAAUACGAAACUGAAAAGAAAAACGAAUGGCUGUUAAAAGCUGUACUUUAUUGAGUAAUUUUAUCAAUUGACGAGCACGCAAGCGAAGGGGGAAGUGAGUUUGGUGUAGCUGCACCACAGGCUCCCUGUCACGGUGUCUGUGUGUGUAGAUGUUAAGUAGGAUUUGUUGUCCCCUGUUUUGGGAAAGUCCAUACCCUACUCUAAGAGUUUGUGAACCCCACAAAGUGACAGUGGAUCUCGUUGAAGAAAGUGGGCGUUGGGGAACCAAACCAGUUACACAGUAGAAGUUAUUUAUGAGUUACAGCAGCGAAGUGCCCCCGAAAAUCUGUUUUCCUUUCUCUUUUCUCGCUUGCUUAUUACCGGAGAGUAGGACUUGAAGAUGAGUACAUCAUGGUUAGAAGUACAUUUUUCCCAUUGGACCAUGUGAGGAAACGUCCAUUCACUAUUCCAAUUCCUCACAUUAGAGGACGUGAUAACUGGUUACAUUGAACUGCUAGCCCGGGAAUGCACUAUUGAUUGGUAAAUGACGACUAUAAAUAAAGUUGAAAAGGAAAAUGAAA